AUGUUGAGCUUCGUUCUUUUGCUCUUCCUCUGUGCGGCCAACCCAGUGAGUGCAAGACUUCGAGGCCACAAUGGCACUCUUUCUCUUCUGAUUACUGUGCCUCUCAGUAACGGUGGACAGCAGGAACUAGAUCCUGGAAUCUUUCAUUUGGCAGCUGCUCGUUUGGCUGUCGAUCAUUUCAAUUCUCGGAAUGAUACUAUUAUAAGAGACCUUCAUCUGUACACAGAAAAUUGUUCUAUCAAGUUCCACGAGGAGCAGGUCCGCGCUGUUGACACAGAAGUGGACAGCCAUGCUGCCAUGAAAUCAGUCAUUCGACAGCUGCUGACUGGUGGUAGUCCCCCACCAGAUGCUAUUGCAGGGCCGUACAAUGAGAUUCCUUCACUGGAAUUGAGUGUCUUGGCAACAGGGUUGGAAUCUCCCUUGGUAGCACACAGAUCACUUCACCACGACUUACUGCUGCCAAAACGACACCCAUUCUUCACCCACGUCAAUGCGGAUUCCUACAGUGGCAUGCAAUUUGUGGGGAAAUAUCUACAGCACAUGAAUCGGACCAACUACAUUGCUGUUCUGUACUGUGAAACACCUGCCAACUUACAGAAUAUUGCAGUACUGAGAAAAACACUGGAAGACAAGGGAUUUGAUCAAGUGCGAAUGUUCGGUUACACUCCCCAAUACCUGAUCGAAGAAGAUGAAUACAAAGAGACAUGGGCACAGGAGAGUGAUGUCCAGACAGCAGUAGACCAAGUUCGAGAGAGUGGAUUUCGAACCAUUGUCCUACUGGGCCAUGCUGCACAGAAGGAUACAUACGAGUUGGGUCCUGCAGUCGCAAAGGCUGGUCUAGAUCGGGGAAAACACUUUUGGGUCAUCAGAGAGUGGUCUCACUCACGAAAUGGCGAACUAUAUCACAAUUUUUUUGAGAAUGCAGCAUCAAAACACGGGGCCUAUUUUGUACAAGGCGCUCCCUACCUCUUUGCCUACAAUGGAUAUGAGCUGAAUCCCAAUCGUGUGAAUUUCCGUGCACAUUUGGAAUACAUGGAUUCUUCCUUCUAUCAUCGAGUGUUGCGACUGACCCCCGAUAUUUCCGACGUCAAGAAUGCCACUGAUAUCCUGCUGAGUGUGGUCAAUGAUACACACCCACUUCUCAGCUUGAGAUCAGAGUUGAAGUCGUGGAUGCCGGGGGCAGGGUUUAUGUAUGAUGCUGUGAUGACCAUUGGCCUUGGGGCAUGCAUGGCCACAAGAAAUAGGACUUCCACAAUCAUGACUGGAGAAACACAUCUGAAAGCGAUUCGAUCCCUUGACUUUGUAGGAACUUCAGGGCAAAUCAAGUUCAACAACGAGAAUGGUGUCAAUACUGGGAGCAGAAUAGGCGACACGGUACCUUAUGGAGUUAGCACCCUUUGCCCCACAGGAGAAGGAGAUGGAUUGGACGUGCGCUACAUUGAGAGUUUGGAUCCUCUCACUGGUGAGUGGGUCCAUGGUGGAAAUUUCGGUAGGAUGUGUUUUCUGGGCGGAAGUGAUUCCCCGCCAGAACUGCUGCGGGAGACACCCAACCAGAACUAUAUCACACCGGCAGCUCGCACAUUUGGACUGGUGCUCUUUGCCGUCUCAUUGGCGAUUGUUGGAAUCUCGUUCAUCUGGAUUGUUCUCAAUCGACACCAUGCGGUGACAGUGGCAGCACAGCCUCCUUUCCUCUAUGCCCUUUGCUUUGCCUCUGGGAUGCUCUCCUUUUGUAUUCUACUCUCGUCAUUUGAUGAGAGCGGGGGCUUUGAUGAGGCCACCCUUGACAGGAAUUGCGUCGCAUGGGCUUGGCUGAAUGAAUUGGGGAGAAUAGGGACCUACACUGCAAUUUUUACAAAGCUCUGGCGGGCUGAUCGAUGCCUGCGCUACAACACAAGCACACUGGAGUUAUGGCGUGCUUUGUGGCCAGGCACACUGGUAAUUGUUAUUACACUGAUUUGCUUGGCGAUCUUCACAGUAAAGACUGAUUAUGGCUGGUGGCGAAUUGUUAUUGAUGAUGUUACUGGGGAAAGUGUUGGAGCUUGCGUGAGCCAAUCGCCGACAAUGUUUUAUGUCCCCAUUUAUGUGCUCCAGUUGAUUACAGUCACAGCUGCCUGCAUCAUGGCUUGUAAGACUGUCAGCCUUGAUGGCAUGUACUCUGAUUCCAAGUGGGUUUUGGCCUUUAUCUUUGCCCAAACAUUGGUCUUGCUGGUGGGCGCUCCAGUUGUUUAUAUCUUGAAUGAAAUCAACCCUUCUGCAAGGUACAUUGGUCUUUCACUGUUGACAUUUAGCUUCCCAGUCAGCAGCAGUGGCUUGAUGGUGUUACCCAAGGCAUUGUCCGUGCGAAAGAUUCGCAAAAAGGGCAGGAUGGACGAUUCUGGGCAGCAAGACGGGUCCGUUCGAAACACCAACAGAUCUCUGACAGGCGACUUUGCAUCCGACGAGCAACAGAGUGAGUUGCCGCAAUCCCUUCCUACGCCAACGGGGGGUGUUGGUCCGAAGAUACAGGUAGUGACAUUUGACUAG